AUGUCGUCGAGAAAUAAAUUCAAAGUGAUUUUCUUGGGAGAACGAAAUGUUGGAAAGUCAACGUUAAUUACACGCUUCAUGUAUGACAAUUUCGACAAUACUUAUCAAGCAACAGUGGGUAUUGACUUCCUCACAAAGACGAUUGUUGUGGAUCAAAGAAGUGUACGUCUUCAGUUAUGGGAUACAGCGGGACAAGAGCGCUUUCGUUCUCUAAUACCCUCCUAUAUACGUGAAUCAGCAGCAGCGAUAGUGGUUUAUGAUGUUGGCAACAGUCGAUCGUUUGUACAAAUCUCGAUGUGGAUUGAUGAAUUACGAGCUCAGUUGGGCAUGGAUGUGGUUAUUAUGCUCGUAGGAAAUAAAAAGGAUCUUAUUGACGAACGUGUAAUCGAAACUAAAGAAGGUCAAGAAAAAGCCGAAGAAUUGAAUUUAAUGUUUAUUGAAACAAGUGCAAAAACUCGUUAUAAUGUCAAAGAAUUGUUUUAUCGCGUGGCAAAGGCAUUGAUCUAUAGAAAUUUAAUUUCCAACAGUUCGUCAAUUAUUGAGGAACAUGUAAUCGAACUGGAAGUAGAGAAUGAGAAUAAAAACGAUAAGAAGGGUGUAUGUUUUUGCUGA